GCCCUAUUUUACUCGGAGAGGGCUCCUUUCGACUUCGUGUUCUACCAGUGUGUGACGAUUCGUCAGAUGGAUGGGAUAGCGAGUGGUAUUUACACCACCUUAGUACUCUUCAUACAGGUCGUGGCUCCUAUGUUCAUCAUGUUCACCGCUUACAUCGCCAUCUUUGCUAAAAUAAGAAGAGAAAGUUCUAAAGGAUUAAGCAUCAAUGACGCUGAAGAUAACAUUUCCCAGCAACACAAGGCUCGAUCACGGCUCUUCAUGCGUGCUCAGCAUCGGACAUUGAGAAUGAUCAUCACCAUCUUUCUCGCGUUUGUCGUCAACUGGACCCCUUACGUAGUGGCAGCUCUGGUGUAUGCCUGGCAUUUCUCCGACCACCCCGCCUCUCUAGCCAUGCGCAUCGUUUACGAGGUCGCUUUCCUCUUCGGACUGUCCAACUCAUGCUUCAACCCCCUCGUCUACGGAUGUUGCAAUCUGCACAUCUUCGACAGCUUCUGCGCCUCGUGCUGUGCCGUGAUCAUCGGCCGCCCCGACUCCAGCAUGACGGACCAAAAGACGUCGACGUACACCAUGAGAUGGUCGAUGAAGUCCAGCCCGACGGCCAAGCAAGGGUAUGGUCAUCAUCAUCCUCAUCAUAACAACAGCGUAAAUCGACACAGCAACCAAAAUCAGGGAACAAACAACCAAUGGAUCAAAGGAAGAUUACAGACAGAGGGCGCUGUUUCAAGUACGAAUGAUCACACUUUAGUGGGUACCUCUCAAAUGACGGUUUCCUGAGUGGGAUUAAAUGGACUUUCGAUUUCCGUCAGAUGAUUGUAACGUGUCGAAGUCACGACGAAAUACAAAGGACUCAGUUAAGACGAAUAAAGAUUUCAAGGUCACAAGUGUAUGCAGGGAACGGAUGUUUGGAAACUCACGGAGAAGAGAAAGAGAACUUUGAUGCCACGUGACCUAAAUAAAGGACAAUGCAAAUAGGAGGCAAGAGCACUGUUGAAGAACCUGUCUAAUCUCUUACUAACAAGAUUCACCAUGCAAGAGAUGACAUGGUUAAGAGCUAUCGAUGGGGUCUGCUUCUAAUUUUCCCGAAGAGGAAUCACACUUUAUAAGGAACACUUAGAUUAACUUAUUUUGUUUGAACGUCGUGGAUUAUUGUAACAAUAUAUUUCUUCAUGAUAUGACUUGUGUGGACACAUGUGGACAUUAUUUUGUUUCAGAAUAGAAAACUGUAAAUGUGCGACUAAAUUUUGAAGUCUAGAAGAUUCGUCAGAAUAUGGAAACUGAUGGCGAUGGGUCGUGGGGCAAUUAUCAGCCUCUUCAGAAUCGGUUUAAGAAAAAUGUACAUUUAACUAUUUAUGUGUAUUUUGGAAUUUUGUUUUGACCUACAUUUCACAAGACUUUGUCAAAAAGAAUAUAGUAUGACUGUGUGUGUAAAUCAUAUAAUAUUUAAAAGGCUUUUUUUGUUACUGUAAGUUGUUAUCAAUUUGCCCUUCAAUCAAAAGAAAUGCUUUAUUUAUUGUUGCAAUCUCCGAUAUUUUUGUUGUUUUAGUUGAGUCAUGAUAAUGACCGGGAAAUGCGUUUAUAGGCAAUGAGAAAGAAAGAGGUAAAUAAUAAUGUAUAGAUGAAAAUGUAGAGACAGAGAAUAUUUUAAAUUAGGUACAACGCAAUAUCCUAUAAAACCCUUUUAUAGUGAUAUUCAUAUUUAUUCAUCACUUUUACGGUUGGGCACUUAACUGUGGAGUGGUAUAAUUAUAUAACCAUCAUGGUGGAACGUUAUUUCUUGAUGUCUGUUUUUACGAAUACCGACCUUGACAAUAAUAUGUACAUAACUGUUAGAUAAGAAGUACAUACUCCAUGCAGAAAAAAAUAUAACAGGUAAGUUUUACUAAGUGUAGAUUUCCUAGUUGUAGGACUCUGAUAUGAUUCUGAUAUGUUGGGGAUGCUUGCAUGCCAUGGCUCAUUCUCAGAUGCCUCUGUUGACCGUAGAACACUUUUUAAAGAUACGCGGUAAGCCAAUGCAUAUCAAUCAUUGUAUCUUAAUAUUCUUAUUAUUACAUUUUUUUAUUUACACAUAGUUAUACAUUUUGUCUUUAAUUUUUUUAUCUUACUAUCUCUUCAUACAUUACAUCAUACUUCUGAUGGCUGUAAUACCAGAUGUUUUAAUUUAACAGUAACAGAUCCUAAACAUAUCGUAUAUAGUUAUUGAAGCCAGUCAUUUACGUUCCAUAAUGAUGCAGAAUUGAAACAUUUAUAGAUACCUAUGUCCUAAAGUAUGAAGUAGCUUAUACUACUGAAACUAAUUGCUGUUACAACUACUUCUCCCCACACAUCUACUUCUACAACCACCAAUAAUCCUACCCCUCCUUCUCCUCCUCCUCCUCCUCCUCAUCCUCGUAUUACUAUUACCACUUCCACCAUCACUACGACUAAAAAUAAUGAUAAUAACAAUAAUAAUUAUUGGUGCUGCUGCUGAUAUUACCACUACUACCACUACAACUACUUCUAUUACUAAUACU